CCAAGUGGAGGAGUUUUUAAAAAUGUGAGUGGGAUUUCAAUCACUGGGAACAAGAAGCUUUGUGGGGGGAAUCCCUCAACUUCAGCUGCCAGCAUGCUGUGAUGUAGAGUCAGCAAAGCAUGGCAAAGGGAAGCAUCUUUCAACCAAAAUUGUUAUAGCCAUAAGCAUUACUGGUGCUUCUUGCUUGGCUUUCAUAGUGGCUUCAGUUCUCCUCUAUGGGAGAAAAACGGCUGUAAUGAAGUCUUCUUCCACCUUUUUAAGAUAUGGAUACUUGAGGGUUUCUUACAAAGAGCUCCUCAAAGCAGCUAGUGGAUUUGCUUCUUCCAACUUGAUUGGCAUGGGAAGUUUUGGUUCCAUAUACAAAGGAAUUGUAAGUUGAGGCGAAAGACCUGUUGCAGUGAAGGUACUGAACCUUCAACACCGUGGAGCUGCCAAGAGUUUCAUGGCUGAGUGCAAGGUCCUCAGGAAUAUUCAGCUUCGGAAUCUCCUUGGAAUCAUAACUUCAUGUUCAAGUGUGGACAACAAAGGUUGUGAUUUUAAGGCUCUAGUAUUUGAGUUCAUGCCUAAUGGGAACCUAGAUAGCUGGCUGUAUCAUGAAUCCAGAAAUUUAAGCUUCAGACAAAGAUUGGAUAUCGCAAUUGAUGUGGCUAUUGCUCUGGAUUAUCUUCAUCACCAAUGCCAGACACCAAUUGUUCAUGGUGAUCUAAGGCCAAGCAAUGUUCUUCUUGAUGAUGACAUGGUUGCCCAUGUUGGGGACUUCGGGUUAGCCAAGCUCCUUCCUGAAGCUAACGAGAUUCUGAGUAGUGAUCAAACCAGUUCGGCACUGAUGAUGGGAUACAUCGGUUAUGUUGCUCCAGAAUACGGAUUAGGUGGCUCCAUGUGGCCUCAAGGAGAUGUGUACAGCUAUGUCAUCCUUUUGCUGCAGAUGUUCACGGGAAGGAGACCAACAGAGAGCAUGUUUUCAGAUGGUUUGAACCUUUACACUUUCUCUAAGAUGCCAUUGCCAGAACGUGUAAUGGAGAUUGCGGAUUCAAACUUGUUUAGGGAGUCAGAUGAAGCAAUUAGCAAUGUAGGAAAUCAACGUGAAACGGAAGGUAGAAUGUGCCAUUGCCUGGUUUCAAUUGCCAGAAUUGGAGUAGCAUGUUCUGAAGAAUCAGUUAGUGAUCUAAUGGACAUCGAAGAUGUGGUGAUGGAACUGAAUAUCAUUAAGGAAGUGUUUCUUGGGGCAGGAAUCCAUCGGGAGAGAUAUAUCAGUGCAAGUAGGUGGGGAAGGAGCAUCUCAGCUGAUGACUGAACAAGAAAGCGACUGAUCUGCUAGAUGGUCCAUCCAGACGUCUCACGUUACUCUCUCUCUGGGGGAUAACCCCUGUUUUAUUUUGAAUUUUGAUGCAUCCCUUUAUAUCUGCAUUUCUCUUCUGUCACUCUUAUAUAAGAUAUCGCCUGUUUUAUAUUGAAUGUUCAUGCAGGCUUUGUAUACAUAGAUUGUGGUGUAAGUUAGAAUCGGCUUCACAGUGUAGGAGUCCUAUUCUCCUGUGCUCCUAUUUACAAAAUGAAUAAACUUCUCCGACAAAA